AAACUGCAGUCCCUCUUAGACUGCGAGAUUGCUCGAGACACAGAUGCUGGCCACGUACAAUUUCCCGCAUACGUGACGAGCAAGACAGUCUCUCACCUGAACGACGCUGUAGAGCAUUUUCAGUUGGUUCUGGACCAGUGUCCGGUCAGCCAUCCAGACCAUGCAACGGCUCUCACCAACCUUGCGUGGGCCCGCCUCAAAGGCUACAUCCGAAAUGAUCUUCAAGACAUCGAUGCCACCACUUCCCUCUUCCGCGACGCCCUUACAUUGCGUCCGCAGCCCCAUCCAUACCAUCCAUUAUCUCUAUAUAAUCUCACCGAAGCGCUGACUUGGCGCCACAACAAGAAAAGUACUGCUGCCGACAUCUGCGAAGCCGCCCAACUCUAUCAUGAACUACUGCCCCUCUGUCCAGAGGGCACCUACCUUCGUAGCAUCGCAGCAGGGAAAAAUGGUGUUGAUUAUGUGAUCAGUGGAUGCAACAAUCUUCCAACAGACGCAUCCGAUGAAGGCAUCCAUCUUCGAAGAGUCGUCCUCGAGCUCUGUCCUCUGGGCCAUCAACUCCGUCCCAGAGCCCUCGGCAUGCUUGCAUACGCAGUCGAAGGACAUUUUAAUCAGCACGGCAACAUCGAUGAUCUUGACACGAGCAUACAGCUUUGUCGUGAAGCCGCACUGACGUUGCACCCACCUGGGCAUCCACAUCAUGACACCACGCUUAACAACCUUGCCCUCGCGCUCAAUACCAGAGACGAAUCGCAUGUUAGCGAGGAUCUUAGCGAGGCCAUUGAUUCGCAUCGCGAAUCCCUUCGGUUAAAGCGGCUUGACCAUCCAGGGCGCCAUGCAACUCUUAUCAAUCUGAGCUCGGCGCUUUGCUCUCGUUUCACGCAAACUCAGAAGAAUGAAGAUGUCAAGGAGGCCAUCACUCUC